AUGGCUGUCAGGGAGUCAUCAAGAUACCUGGCACGGGCAGUUCCCAGGGCCUUUGUGCCUUCUGCUCGUCAACAGGUCUUUUUGGGCCGCCGCAAUGUCUCCGAUGAGGCCCCGUCCAGGCGUCUGUCGGACCAGCUGGACGAGCUGGAAACCGCGUCGUCCUUGACCACCCCUGUGCCAGAGACUGCCGCCAAAUCAUUCGAUCCUGUUACCCGGGCAAAGGGUCGCAAGACUCAGCUCCCUCGCUCGCGAUACCAAUUCCGUUCUCCCAAGUACGAUCGCGGUCCUCUCCACCCUCACCAACCUCCUCCUCCCUCCGACCCAUCCUCUCGCCUGUUCGUCCCGGGCCCCUUCUCCCUCCCGCGCGCCCAGCAGACCUACAACUCGACCGUCGCAUCCGACAUCCUCACCCUAUGCUACGUGCACACGCCACCAGGCUUCAAGCCUCCUCCCAAAGCCCCCCGUCUGCGUGAGUGGGACGACAGCUCGCCCUACCACAAGAACCGUCCCCUCCGCGGACCCCGUGGCGGUGAUGUCCUGCGCCUACUCCGCAAGCCGAUCCGGUUCAACAACAUCCCCGAGGUUGAGCGCAUCACGAUUCACAGUUACGUGAAGGGUGCGGCGCAGGAGAACUCUGGAUGGCUGCACGUGGCUGGUAUGGCAGUGCAGGCUGUCUCGAACGUGCGCGUGGAGACGUUCAAGUCCAAGGCUAGCGUUGCUACGUGGAGCAUUGCUCCUGGCCGUGACACGGUUGCUGUCAAGGCUGAGAUGCACGGCGAGACUAUGUACCAUUUCCUCGGCAAGCUGAUUGAUGUGGUUCUGCCUCGCAUCAAGGACUGGCCUGGUGUUAAGGGAAGCAGCGGUGAUAGCAGUGGUAAUAUCACUUUCGGUCUGGAACCGGAGCACGUUGCCUUGUUCCCUGAGAUUGAGGUCAACUAUGAUAUGUACCCUCCCAAGAUGAUCCCUGGUUGCCACAUCACCCUCCACACCACCGCCAAGUCUGACAAGGACGCCCGCCUCCUCCUGAGCGCUAUGGGUAUCCCAUUCUACGGGAAGAUCGUGCAGUAA